UAAUAUAAUUUUUUGAGUAAAAUUAACGAAAAUUUAACCAAUUUAAGUUUGGAGGCUCUUAAUAUUUUUGAAAUAAAGUAUAGAUUUAAAAUAAGUACAUAUGACAUGUCAAAGUGAUGAAAGAAGAUCAAAGCAUGGCAAGAAAUGGAUACAUCUAGGACUACCUUUUGUAGAUUCUCACCACUAAGAACCCCAGAUAUGAAGCAAAAUCACAUUAAAAAGCUUGACCUACGAGACAAAAAUGUGAGUGACACAGAAUCAUUAGCAUCAGUGGUGACUUCAGAUAUUCGUAGACUGGCACAUUCUGUGACUAAGAAACUGAAGGAGAGUUCAAAUGCUGUAAUGAUGUCGUCAGAUGAUGAUCUCUUUAUAUCUCAGAGCAAGAAAGUUUCAAGUCCUAAAAAACUGGCAAAGAAAAGGAGUAUUUCUGAAAAUGAUUCUAGCUCUAGAAGUUCCAGCUCUGAGUCAGAAGCAGAUGUAAUAAAAUCACCACCUCGUAAAAAUCAACAGACAGUUUCCCCUAAAAAACGUUGUAGAUACGAUAGUGGAGAUGUAGAUCGUGAAAAGAAGUUGAAAUCAAGUGUAAAAUCUUCAUCAAAAUCUCAGAAGAAACAAAACAAUAAUGAUAUCAUUGAGAAUUCUGAUGAGUCAUCAUCUUCUUCAGAGGAUGACUCUUCAACAGGGAGGAAGAGUAGCACAAGUUGUGUUCUUACCUCUGAAUCUUCAAAAGGGAGGAGAGAAAGUGCAAGUAGUAUGGAGUCGCAAAGUUCAAUAGAAUAUGUGAGGGAAAAAAGUGAUUCAAGGUCAGUUGACAGUAAAGAACGAGGAUCAGACUCUGAUAGAAGUAGCAGAUCUAGUGAUAGUGACAGUGACCAUGAGAAACACUCUAAGACAAGGAAAACAAGUCCUUCUAAAAAUAAAACACCAAAGAGGAAAGAGAAUUCAUCAUUAAAUGAAGGUAGAAAAUCAAGGUACAAGAUACCGGACAAUUUUGAGAUAGAUGCUUCCGCAAAUUACCUCAGUAAAGCUGAUAUUCAAGGGAAACAACUCUGGUUGAUAUCGGCGCCAGAUGAUUUUGAUAUAUCAACACUGCAUAGACAGAAAGUCAACUUGACUGGUUCCAGUAUCAUAGCAGAUGUAAAGUCAGAGAGGGAGAAACAGUUUGAAGUUGUUGGAAGACCAUUUACAAGCAAGAUGUCAAACUACAAAAGUACAGCAUCACAAGCAUCUGGAAGUGAGGAAUUUGUGCUAGGGUCACAGUUAAGUGGGCAAUUACAAGUACUGGAAUGGAUCCCCUGUAUGCCCACUGUUGAGCUGGUCAUUCCACACCAAGAGAAACAUCGGGUACCAGACAAUCUGAAACCUACAUUUGUACCAUUUGGCGCAAAGUCUCCAACUAGAGAAAUUGAAGAUGAAAGUUUUGCUGGUGAGACAAAGAAAGAGAAACAUAAGAAGAAGAAGAAAAAGAAAGAUAAAAAAAAGAAAUAAAGAAUAAUGAAAAUAUGUUUAUCCUAGGGACAAUGCUGUUAAUUAUGUUUGGAAAUAAAAUUUCAUGUUUACUAUGUUAUUGAAUAAAUGUAAACAAAAUUAAAAAA